AUAUUUGUUGAGUGCUUUCUCCUGACUGGUCGUAAAUUUGAGAUUUUGAAGGUUUAAAUAAAUGUACAGUCGAAAGGUAUAAUUCUACAUCCGACUUUCAAACAAAAAAUAUGGUUACAGAAGACCAGGUGUCGGUAUUUCUUACAGAAAACUCCCAAUUUCUGGAAGAUUAUGUUAUGAAUAAAAUUGAAAUAGAACAAAUUGAACGGUGGAUUAUCCGAAAAUCUAAAAUAUCUGACAAAACGCCAGACACAACAUUACAAACUCGAAAGACAAGUUUAUCUAAAUGGAAAUUUUGUGUACAUGCUGAUAAGCGUCAAAUGUUAAAAAACUUAACUCAAAGUCUUCAAGCUAAACCUACUCAAGAUCACGUAUUAUGGGAAUUAGCCAAUUGCAUAUCUUCCGCAGUCAAGGCAGAUGGAUUUAGAUUAUAUGUUAUUGAUAAGGAAAAUCCUGCACAGCUACUUCUUUAUUUAGCCACGGAAGAAAAUACAAAUCAUUCUCCAAAACUAAGAGUUAUUAAAAACAAUGUAUCUAUUCCAACAUAUGUGGCAAAAACCCAUGAAGCAGUAAGAUUUUCUAGAGGAAAAUCUGAUUCCAGAUUUCCAGACACGGUUUUCAAAGAGUUACAGAAUAAUAUAGCACACAUUCAAUGUCAGCCAAUAACGCAAUCGGAUGGAAAAAUGGUAGGAGUUAUUGAAAUGUGGCGAAUUGACUCCAAUAACCCGUUCUAUGAAGAGGACGAAGAAAUCGCUUAUAGUUAUUUAGUUUGGGGAGGAAUUGCUCUUCAUUACGCUCAACUUUACUUAAAUAUGAACCAACAAAAACAAUUAAAUGAAUUUCUUCUGGCUGUUGUUAAAUCGAUUUUCCAAGAUAUGGUGAGCAUAGACAGUUUAGUAAUCAAAAUAAUGAAUUUUGCCCAUAGACUGGUAGAUGCAGAUCGAGCUUCCUUAUUUCUUGUUGACUCAAAAAGUAAGGAAUUAUAUGCUACUAUCUUUGAUGUAGGAGUAGGAGACGAGCCAGAUAAGUCUCCUUUAACAUUAGGUGAAGAUGACAUGCCAGUUAAGCCAACCAAAGAAAUUCGUUUUCCACUAGGAACGGGAAUUGCCGGACAAGUAGCAUUGACUGGUGAAGUACUUAACAUUAAAGAUGCUUAUGCAGAUCCACGAUUUAAUAGAGCUGUAGAUCAGCUGACAGGAUAUAGGACACAAACCAUUCUUUGUAUGCCUAUUUAUAUUCAAGGCCAUAUUAUUGGAGUUGUUCAAAUGGUUAAUAAACAUAAAGGUAAUUUUACAAAAAAAGACGAAGAAGCGUUUGAAACUUUUGCAGUAUACUGUGGUUUAGCACUCCAUCACGCAAAGUUGUACGACAAAAUUAGAAAGUCACAACAAAAAUAUAAGGUAGCAUUAGAUGUUCUAAGCUACCACAAUACUUGUACGGAGGAAGAAUACAAGGCUGCACUUAAAACCAAACACCACGGCAAAAUGGUUGGCAUCGAUAAUUACUAUUUUAAUUCAUUCGAUAUUCAAGAUUUGGAAAAAACCAAUCAAGCGAUUCAUAUGUUUAACGACUUAUUUGAUGCUAGUCUAUUUGACCAGACUUGUCUUUUACGAUUUACCCUUACGGUGAAGAAAAAUUACCGAAGAGUGCCUUACCAUAAUUGGACUCAUGGAUUUUCAGUUGCUAAUACCAUAUACUGCAUUUUAAAACACUCUAAGAAAAUAUUUAACAGGAAUGAGUGCUUGGCCUUAUUUGUUGGUGCAUUGUGUCACGACUUAGACCACAGGGGGAAGAACAACAAGUUUAUGUUGGAUACAGAAUCACCACUGGCAGCUAUCUAUUCAACCUCUACAAUGGAACACCAUCAUUUUAAUCACACUGUUACGAUACUUCAGCAAGAAGGGCAUAACAUAUUUAGCAAACUAUCACAUACAGACUACAAACAAGUAUUGGAUCACUUGAAGCAUUGCAUUCUGGCAACAGAUUUAGCCUUAUUUUUCCCAAAUAAAACAAAACUUAGUGAGAUCGUUGAGAAAGGAUCAUUUUCUUGGAAUAUUACAGAACACAGACGUCUCAUACAGGCCAUAGCUAUGACGGGUAGUGACUUAAGUGCAAGUGCAAAACCGUGGGAUAUUCAGGUUAAGACUGUUGAGGUUUGCUUCAGUGAUGAAAUUUCCUUUGAAAUAUUACCAAUAAAGCUCAAUAUAUUAAACGAAGACCAGAAUAACAGUAUUUAACUUAAUAUUUUAUUAAAACUGUAAAACAACCAACAAAAAUAAUGGUGUGGUCUACCAUUAGCGGUAAUAUUUGAGGAAUUUUAUGACCAAGGAGACGAAGAACGAAAGGCAGGUAGACCUCCCAUUCCAAUGAUGGACAGAUACCAACCAGAUCAACAGCCAACAAGUCAAGUUGGAUUUAUAACGGGUAUUUGUAUACCAUGUUAUACACUUCUCUCUAAGAUCAUUCCUGAAACAAAGUCUUUACUGGAUAUGUGCUUACAAAAUUUAGAUCAUUGGAAGAUGAUUGAUGCUGACGUAACACAUAAACACUGAAAUUUCAACAAAUUAGUUAAAGUGAUUUUGUAUUUUCAAAGUUUUCAGUUUAAAUUUUUCACAAAUUUUUGUGUUAAACUGUCACAGUACCUACACAUUCUUAAAAAAUAAAGUUACUUUUAUAAUACACGUC